UCAAAGGAAGAAACAAAGAUGACCAAGAAAAAUUAAAUAAAGCAAAAGGCUCAACAUCCCGUGCCUUCAAACCGAAUAAACAAGAAUCCCCAAACCCAAAAUCCUAAUACCCUGAAACAGAGAUUCAGAGAGAGCAAAAACCUCUUGGUGAGCAAUAAUGGGAGGCGUAAUAACAAGAAGGAACCAUUUUCACCCCACUUUCCUUUUCUUCACUUUCCUUUGUUUUCUUGUCUCAGGAUUUGCUUUCUCUGCAGACACCUUAUUAUCAACCCAUUCUCUCUCGGGCGACCAAACGCUUCUGUCUUCAAGACAGCUUUUUGAGUUUGGGUUCUUCACUCCAGGAAAUUCCAACAAGUGGUAUGUGGGGAUAUGGUAUAAGAACAUUCCUAAUAGAACAUAUGUCUGGGUGGCUAAUAGAGAUAAGCCACUUAACAACUCCUCAGGCAUAUUCAAGAUCUCCAAUCAAAGCAUUGCUCUUCUUGAUCAAGCAAAUAAUCUCAUUUGGUCUUCAAAUCAAACCAAGGUUAGCAAUCCAGUUGUGCAGUUGUUAGAUACAGGAAAUCUUGUUUUAACAGAAGCAGAUGGGAAUGAUCAGUAUCUAUGGCAGAGCUUUGAUUAUCCUACAGAUACCUUAUUGCCAGAUAUGAAGCUGGGUUGGGAUCUAAAUAAAGGUCUAGACAGGUAUAUAAGUUCGUGGAGAAGUGCAGAAGAUCCUGCAGCAGGUGAUUUUUCUUUUAAAUUAGAAAAUCGUGGAUUCCCAGAAUUUUUCUUAUGGGGUGAUCAAGGAAAGAAAUACCGCAGUGGGCCUUGGAAUGGGCAAAGAUUCAGUGGAGUACCAGAAAUGAAUCCUACUAAUUCAAUGAGCUUCGAUUUUGUCAUUAAUAAAGAUGAGGUAUAUUACACAUUUCAUAUAUCUACGAAAUCUUUAUAUUCAAGAUUGACUGUUACUUCAUCAGGGCAGCUCCAAAGAUACACAUGGAUUCCAGAUAGCCAAGUAUGGAAUUCAUUUUGGUAUGCACCAAAAGACCAGUGUGACAAUUUCAUGCAGUGUGGCCCAUAUGGUAUAUGCGACUCAAAUGUCUCCCCUGUUUGCAAGUGCAUGAGCGGGUUCCAACCCAAGAACCCACAGGCAUGGAAUUUGAGAGAUGGGUCCGGUGGGUGUUUCAGGAAAACAAAUCUGCAAUGCACGAAUGAUAAAUUCUUGCACUUGAGGAACAUGAAAUUGCCAGAAAGCUCAACAUCAUUUGUGGACAAUAACAUGAAUCUCAAGGACUGUGAACUGUUAUGCUUAAGGAACUGUUCUUGCACGGCCUAUGCCAAUUCAAACAUUAGCAGUGGAGGCACAGGUUGUGUAAUUUGGGUUGAUGGGCUCUUGGAUAUGAGACAAUAUGCAGAAGGUGGUCAAGAUCUCUACGUCAGAUUGGCUGCUUCUGAAAUAGGUAAUGGUAGGAGUGUAGGUGCUCUUAUAAUUGGCAUCGCAGUUGGCAUUGCCGUUUUGCUACUAGGAAUUGUUGGCUGUUUUGUAUGGAAGAGAAAGAGGUUGCUCAGUGAAUGUAAAGAGGAAAACGCUAUUCAUGAAAGAAGCCAAAACUUCUUGUUAAAUGAGGUGGUUAUCUCAAGCAAGAAAGACUUCUCGGGUGAAAAAGACAAAGAUGAACUUGAAUUACCAUUGUUUGAUUUUGCUACCAUUACAACAGCUACCCACAACUUCUCUAGCGAAAAUAUGCUAGGACAAGGAGGUUUUGGUUGUGUUUAUAAGGGUAGGUUAGUAGAAGGCCAAGAAGUAGCCGUAAAGAGGCUGUCAAAGACCUCUGGACAAGGAAUAGAGGAAUUCAAGAAUGAGGUCAGAUUAAUUGCCAGGCUUCAACACAGAAAUCUUGUUCGACUGCUCGGUUGCUGCAUUGAGAUGGAUGAGAAGAUGCUCAUUUAUGAGUACAUGGAACACAGAAGCCUGGAUUCUGUUUUAUUCAAUAAAGCAAAAAGCUCCUUACUAAGUUGGCCAAGGCGUUUCAACAUUGUUUGUGGGAUUGCUAGAGGACUUCUAUACUUGCACCAGGAUUCCAGAUUUAGAAUUAUCCACAGGGAUCUCAAAGCAAGCAACAUUCUGCUUGACGGAGAAUGGAAUCCGAAAAUAUCAGAUUUUGGCAUGGCUAGAAUAUUUGGUGGAGAUCAAACAGAAGCAAGUACCAGGAGAGUAGUGGGAACAUAUGGUUAUAUGUCUCCUGAGUAUGCAAUGGAUGGGCUCUUCUCAAUGAAAUCAGAUGUUUUUAGUCUUGGUGUACUAGUGUUGGAGAUUGUAAGUGGCAAUAAGAACAGGGGAUUUUAUCAUUCAAACGGUGAACUCAACCUUCUUGGACAUGCAUGGAGACUAUGGAAAGAAGGAAAAGGGUUGGACUUGUUAGAUACAUCGGUUGGCAAUUCAUUUUCCUCAAGUGAAGUUCUGAGAUGCAUACAGGUAGGCCUUUUAUGCGUCCAAGAACAAGCAGAAGAUAGACCAACAAUGUCAUCUGUUGUAUUGAUGUUGAGCAGCGAAACUGCAACAAUGCCCCAGCCUAAAACCCCCGGGUAUUGCCUGGGAAGGAAUCCUUUCGAAACUGAUUCAUCUUCAGGCAAACAAGAUGAAUCAUUCACAGUAAACCAAGUCACAGUUACAAUUCUAGAUGCAAGUACUUAGGGGAUCUUGAGAAAGCUGCCUGUUUUAGCUGCACUAGUGAAGACUUCUGCUUUUAGUUUUGCCAUCUACGUACAGCGCCUCUAUUUGGCAAUUCCAAACAGAAGAUCAAUUUGGCGAAUUCAAGAAGACGUAUAUUGGCAGAAGUUUUGUUUCCUAGGUACCCUCAGUGUGUGUGCCUACGUCUGCCAUGACCAAGCUUAACAAAAAGCUGCGGAACUAUUCAGAAAACUCUGAUGGUAAUGUGUUUGGUUUAUACAACAUGCCAUCUCCCUUUCUGCAUCUUUAAAUACCUGUUUCCUAGUGAGACUUUGGAAGAGGUAUUGGUUAAUUAUUUUUAUUAAGCAUUAGCUACAACUUGCCUAAGGUACCACUAAUUUAUAUCAGUUUCAACACAAA